CACUCACGUAUACACACCAACCUGGCCCCCCUGGUGUGCCAUCCCAUUUAGCGCCUGGGCUUUUAACACAUUGUGAUAGGGCUAUUAUUAGAAGCAAUGAAUUAUCAAUCAGGAAUUAAUCCUGAUUGAUGUGUUUUCCCCCAACUGGAAAACGACCGCACUCACUUGCUACACUUUGUUUGUUUUUCUGUGAUGAGAGAUGGUGUUUUUUUUCUUUUAGUUUAUUCUUCAGGGGGUGGCAUGAGAGAAGAGAGGACUUUUUUUUCCUUUUUGUGAUCAAACCAGUAGUUCCACCAGCUUCUCCAUAGCUUCUCAGGACGCGAGGAGACCGCUGAGGAAGACAUACAUUUAUUAAAUUCCUUCACCAUUUAUCUUCCUCCCCUUCGUCUCUUUGCCUGACUGGCUGCUGAGCUGACUGACUGCCUGGAUGGUUGGCUCCCCCUCUCACUAGACAAUCACUGGCAGUUAACUCACACACUGUGUGAGCUUCGCUGAGUCUGGGGUGUAGAGAGACACUCGGGCUGCUCAGGCUUUAGAAAGUGGGAUCUCUGCUGGGUUUCUCUCUCUCUGUCUGUUUUGGUGGACUGUUAGAUGAGAGCAGAGGAAAUCUCUGGCUCUCUCUCCUCCAGCACUGAUCACUGGCCAUCACUACUGUGCUGCAUCCAUGACUUUACAUACCUGGCUGGUGUAUGGGCUUGGAUUUAUCUUGGUUUGGGCGCUCUGCUUGAAACAGGUCCAAGGGCUGCAGUGCUAUGGCUGCAACAUCAUCCAGGGCCAGAGGUAUGUGGACGUGGGCUGUUCCAACCCAGAGGUCAUCACCUGCACCCACUCACACAAAGGCUUCAAACACCGUUUCUGCAUCAAGACAGAGAGCACGGCCCUGGGUAUCGUCCUGACCAGUGGUUGUGCCACAUCCAGACACUGCCAGCAACACGAGCUGCCAGGGGUGCGCAUCCACUGCUGUGACUCAGACCUAUGUAACAGCGCCACCUCCUGGCAUUCAAUCACACUCCACUACAUCUGUGCACUGUUCAGCCUCUUGCUGCUGAGGAUUUGGUUGUGAUAUUGAGUCAAUCUGGAAAGGAACAUAACACCACUGGCCUAUGGGAGAAACAACAACUCUCAUUUCUUCUCUUAGCUGCUCAUGAUUAGAGCAGUAUGAGAGUUUUACUCAGUGUGGUGUUACUGGUGAGCACCUAAAAAUAGCUUUUUAUCACAAUGUUAGCUUGGACUUACAGUCAUAGCGAUGGCAAAAUAACCCUGUGAAUAUGUUUGACCAAAAUAAGGAUGAAGGAGCUUGCAGUCAUCUGUGAAUUUAUUGUGCACAUUCACUCACUCAAGUGUAGCUUUAAGUACAGUAUACAUUAUGGGAUAUUAUGGGAAAUGUGUUGCUGUAAAAAACUUUGCUAGAGUCAUAAUGUCAGUUCAUAAAAAGCUUUCAGUAAAGACACCUUGUAUCAGCGAUACACACUGACUUCAGUUUUAUAAAGGCUUACACCCACAUGUAUUGUAGGCUAAGACAUAAAUCCCAUAAUAUCUGUUAAGUUCAUCAUCUUUCUCAUGAUCAAAUCUUUGUGUGCAGUAUGUUCUUUUAAAGUCACAGACUACUUUGCGAAAUUAAAGAUAUUUUUUUAGUUUGCUGUCCAGUUCUCCAGGCUAAGCUUGGGAAAGCACACUGCAUGUGGUUCUAGAAUUGUAAAAAAUAUUGUACAAUGAAAGCAUGUAAUGUUGUGAAUUACUGUAUUAAAAUGUUUCAUAUUUUUCAAAAAGAAAA